CGGCGAAGAGUAGGCGGGGGGGGGGUGUCUGGGGAAGGGGGUGCGGGGUUUGCUCAGGGACCAGACAAAUUCGCCGCUGGAUCUGCGACACGGGCCUUGGGCCGGUCACCCCCACUCCCCCCCCCCCCUCCCUUCUUGUAGGGGAGGGAGGGCAAGACGAACGAGAGGAGGAAGGAAGAGAAAGAAAGGGCGAGAGUGUCACUGCUGCUUGUUCUGGACAGGACCUGACUGGGCUCUCAAAACCCCGGGGCUUUUGCUUUCUCCAUUCGACCAGAAGCAGCUCCUCUCUCCUCCCCCUCUUCUCACUCACUCUCUGCAUUUCAUCGACCUGUGUGCAAAGAGUCAGAAGAAAAGAAUCUGAAGGAUAUAAUUGGGAGUUGAGUUUUUGAGGGGAGGGAGGGUUUUUUUCUCUCUUCCCUUCUAUGAACAAGAGGACCUGGGUGAGCAGCCCGCAGUGCUUAUAACUAGAAGGAAGAUGGUGUGUCGUGGUGACUAAUGAGAAGGAGCUCGGAGUCAUCCACACGUUGCUAAAAGUGCGACCGUUCCCUGCAGAAGGAGGAAAAGUAAAGCGAGGAUAACGACUGAAGUGCCAGAGUGGGAGGAAAGAAGUAGAAUUCUUCAUAUCUUCUCUUCGAAAGGAUGUUUAGGUUGUAAUCGAAGCAGACAUGGCUUGCUUCAAACGUUGUUCCCAACGGUGUUAAUUCAUCGUUUUUCCUGGGUGUGAGGUGUUGAAAAGGAAGGAAGGAAAGAAAGAAAGAACCUCUUUACAGAACAAUCUACGAACUCUGAAGAUUUACUUUUAUUUCCUUAAUUCAAAAGAAAAAGAGAACUUAAUUUUUUCUCUCAUUGCACGGAUAUUACCAACGCAACGAGAAAAUGAUCUAUUCGAACUGUGAAUUGUCAGAAAAAAGGUUAGCUUUUUUUUAAAAAGAACUUGUGAACUGAAUUACAAACUACAGACUUGCUGCGGCGGCGAAGGGAAGGAGAGAGGCGUGAAGGUAAAAAAAGGUUCGACGCUCUUUCCUCCCUCCCUCCCCCCCUCUCUCUCUAUGUAUAUACAUAUAUCUAUAUUUUUGUGAAUUGUUCAAAAUGCCGGUUAAAAAGAAGAGCGGUUUCCAGAUCACCAGCGUGACCACGGCUCAGGUAGCGGCUAGCAGCAUCACUGAGGACACAGAGAGCCUGGACGACCCGGACGAGUCCCGCACCGAGGACAUCUCCUCGGAGAUAUUCGACGUGUCCUCCCGGGCCACCGACUACGAGCACGGCGCCGAGGUCUGUGACCGUAGCUCUUCGGACGAGACCCUCAACAACGUGGGCGAUGCCGACACCCCCGGCGCCACCUCGCCCAAUAUCCCUCACGAUCGGGACGUGGUGGCUCAGGCUUUCGGAGGGCGGCUGCCGGCGGCCGGGGGGACGGUGGCGAGCCCCGGACAGCCUCCGGGAGCCACCCCUCCUCCGUCCAGCUCCGGCAGCGGCACUUCCAGCGGCGGCCCGCUCACCAUGCAGCCGGCGGUGGCUUGCACCUCCCGCUUCAGGGUCAUCAAACUGGACCACGGCUCGGGCGAGCCCUUCCGCAGAGGCCGCUGGACCUGUACCGAGUUUUACGACCGAGACUCUGACGGUACCGUCCUGGCCCGGUCGGCCGACACCAUCCGACACAACAGCACCACCGCCUUGGAGCAGCAGCAGCAACAACAGGCCGGAGAUAGGGACAGCGGCCUCGGAGCCACCAACAGCUCGCUCAUCCUCCCCACCCUGCACGCCACAGAGUCCCUGGCAGACGCUUCCCUCGGCUCCACUGUCACGCAGUUGGCCCAAGCCGAGCUGAUCGCCCAGCACCAAAGUUUCUCCAAAGGACUGCAACCAGCAGGCGGCCUGCCGGUCUCACAGGCUGCCUCCUCCACUCAAAUUUACAGCACCCCCGCUGUGGCUGGCCAGCACCAUCAGUCACAGGUGAACCUGCACGCCGGCCUCAAUGGCAAGGCCCUGCUUGCCCCUGGCGGCCCACUUCCUCAGCAGACUGCUCACAUCCCCGCUUCCCAGUCUCAGCAAUUCCAGUUUUCUCCGAGCCAGGCUCCACACUUGCUGCCGUCUCAAUCCACCGUGGCGAAUAGCCACACAGAGUACAUGCAACAUCUGCCUGUCAUGCAGGGUCCAGGAGCUUCACCGGGAGCAGUAGCUCACAGCGCUGCAACGACAAUCCUACCUGCCGGGCAAGCGACGAGUCAUGGUCCUUCGCCAGUGUUGCAGUCUUCUGUCAGUGGAGUCCAAGUGUCGGCUCAGAGCUGUGAUUUGGUCAGUCAAGGGAUACAGAAUAUCCAGACGGGUCCUACGCAGGGGCUGAUGUUGCAGCAGCAAGGCUUGGGGUCAUCUGGUGUUCAGCAACAACUUUUAACCCAACAGCACCAAGCUUCUGGUCUCCAGUCUGGGAUGGUUAGUCAGGUGUCUGGAUUGACCAGUGUGGCAGCUGGCAUCCAAAAUGUGCCUAGUACUGGUGUUUCAAGUGUGUCUGCUGGUGUGCCCAGUGUGCCAGCCACUUCAGUUACUAUGCCAAGUGUUCCAGUGACCAUGGGUCAAUCACAGCUAAGUGGCCAGGCACCAAUGGCCGGGAGUAGCGGCCUAAUGCAAAGUUCCCUCAAUGUAUCUUCAAACGUGUCGCAGACCAACCUCUUCCAGCCACAGCAAGGUACAGGCCAGCUGGAGGAGAGGCGAAAUUCGGAGCAGCUUAUACCUCAGACAUCACAGUCCAGUGAAAGCAGGCCCUCUAUGAAGCCUCUUAUUCCUGAAAUUCUUGGUAACCCUCUGCAUUUGCAAGUCUCUAGCCCAAUGAACAGCCUCUCAAAUUCUGUGUUCUCUAUACCUAUACCGAUAGAUGGAGAUGAAGACAGGAAUCCAUCUGCUGCUUUCUACCGAGCUUUCCCUGUAAACAAGUCUCGGGAUGCAAAGAACUUCUACGAUAGUGCUUCUGGAGCCAGUGUGGUAGCAAUUGACAACAAAAUAGAACAGGCAAUGGAUUUGGUAAAAAGUCAUCUGAUGUAUGCAGUAAGAGAAGAAGUGGAAGUCUUGAAGGAACAGAUCAAAGAGCUGAUUGAAAAGAACUGUAUACUAGAACGAGAGAAUUCGUUGUUAAAAUCACUAGCGAACAAUGACCAGCUAUCUCAGCUUCAGACCCAGGUGACCAAUCCCAGUAGCACUUCGCAAGCACAGCAGCCGGCAACAGUAGCACAACCUCAACAGAGCGCACAACAGACACCGCCUCCACCGCAGCCUAAUGUCCCUUCUGCAUGAAACUUGCUCGCCUGCAUAGGAAAAGAAAUCUUCAAAAAAAUAAAUAAAGUGUGUGUGCCACUGGUGUUCUUACCACUCUACAGUGAACAGCAAAUAGCCAUGCUUAAAUGUGUUUUUUGCUCUUUGGCCUUCUCAGUAUUAGACAAUCACCCGCAAGAGCUUUCUACGUGCGAUGUUGCAGUUGGCAUCCGCAAGUGUGUGACAGCACGAGAAGUGGUUGAAGGAUUUGUAUCUUGUAGGAGGAAAGCUGAUUUUCAUCAGGUUUAUGGACAAGUGGGUACCUACAUCUUUCUGGCUUACCAAGGUUUUAUACAUAAUUAUAUAUGUAUAUAUACACACAUACAUAUAUGAAAAAUAGGAAUCUCUGGGUCAUUGCACCUGUCUAAUAUUAAGACCUGGUUAGCAGCUCUGUCUGAAAGGAGCCACCAUUAUAGUAACUUUUUGCAUACAUGAAUUUUCAUUUACUGUUUGUUUUUAUUUAUUAUGGGGCUGCUAUUUUCAUAUGUAAAUGAACAAUGUCAUAGAAUCUUUUGUUUUGUAAGUUUGAAAUUAAAGAUUAUAAGAUUACUGGUAAAAGCAAGUGAUAGUUGGGAUUGCGUAUAUUAGUUUAAAAAUAUAGGCAAUAAUAAAAUUGCAAAAAAAAAAUCCUGGCUUAAGAGUUCUAACACUAAUGGCAGUUUUACCAUGGGGAUUUUCUUCUGCGAUAGUCGAAUCCUGGUUUGAAUGUAAAUUUUGUAUAGAGUGUAAGUAUUAUAAGGAAGAACAUAGAAGACUUGUAAAAGUAGGCACCGGACAUUGUGACCUAACACCUUGAAAGGAUAUUUGGGCUUUUUUUUUGAUGAAGAAAAAUAAACUGUGCUCAUUUCUGUUGCUGAUUUUUGUGGAAAAAAAGAAUUGCCAUGAUUUUUCUGUUUUUUUUUCUUUUUCCCUCGAGUUUUUGAGGGAGGGGAGGAUAAUAAAAAGCUGUGAAAUUGUUCAAACUACUUUGUAACCAAAGAAGCUAAGCUAUGUAUCUGAAUUCAUUUAUUUUUUACGGCUGUUCUAUAUGCAUUAUUUUAGAUUACAUUUUUCUUUCAAGCUUUAAUGAACAUUUUUUCCUUUACACUCUUCGCAUGUUCUGCAUGACCCCUUUAUCAAACCAGUUUCUUACCUCAUGUUUUUACUGAGCACUCUUACUGUAAAAGUUUAGUCUGUGAACAAUGUCCAAUUAAACUAUAAAAACAGCUGUUGGAUUCAAGCUAGUGUUAAGUGCUAGUCGGAAAAAAAAUGGAGUGAGCCAUCUUUUGUUCAUUUAAAUGGUGUUUUGAAUUUCAUAUGCAUAAAGUUUUGUUACAUUGCAGAUUUUAUUGUAUUUAAUAAAUGCAAC